AUGGCCAAGAUCCCAUCCCGCACGUUCCCCGGGCUGCCAAAUCUGCGGCGGCUGGACCUGAAUCAGAACAAGCUGGAUGCCCGAGGCCUGCACCCCUGUGCCUUCAAGGAGCUACACAGGGAGUUCCCAGGGGGCCCCCAGACCCCUGCAGUCAGGUCACGUGCCCGUCCGCCCAUGGCAACAUCUCAUCCCUGGCCUUUCAGCCCCUACACAGCCUGCUCUACCCGGGGCUGGACCGAAACUGUCUGCGGACCAUCCUACCUGGCCUGCCAGCCUCCCUGCAGCUUCGGCUGUGGCUGCGGUUCCUCCUGGGCACCACCGGCUCACCCCACACCUGAACACCCAUCCUGCAGGAAGCUGGAGACCCUCGACCUGUCCCACGACCCGCUGGUGCACGUGCCUUCCUUCCGCCACGGGGCCUUCGGCGCCUGCCACCGCACCACAACCGCACGAGCGCAUCCCCGGCUACGCGUUUGCGCACACGAAGCCGGGCCUGGAGCUCCUGUCCCUGUCCCACGAAAGCCUGUGCACCGACGGCGUCCAUGGCGUGUGCUUCCUCGGCCUUCGCGCCUCCCUGACCGGGCCGCUGCUGGGUCGCAACCAGCUGCGGGCCGUCCCCCGGGGCCUCGGGGGCCUCAGGGGGCUGCGGGGGCUGCGUCGGAGCCACAAGAAGAUCAGACAAGUGCCCCUGAAUUCCAUCUGUGUGACACUCCAGUGGCUCAGGACUCCAACCUCAUCCCCACGCACCUGGAAAACAGCCUUAUUGACCGGCGCCGCAUCCUGCCCACCGCCUUCUCCUGCAUCUGAACCUGCUUCGGCAGUGUGGUCCUCCGGCCCCAGCAGGGGGCGGGGGCUGGGGAGGGAUCCUGGGAUUCCUGCCCCCCCCACCACUCCUUAGGACUGGUUGGGGGGGGGGGGCCCAGGUCUACCUCCACUUGAUCUUUGCACUACUAACAGAAAGAUCUAGAAGACCCAGCUGUUUCAGAUGCUCCCACUUCCCAUUGACUGCUGAGGCCCCUUCACUUAGUAAAUGGCCCAGCAGGGUACCGCGCUGGUCUGGACUGGAACAUAAUAAAUGCAUCUCAUUCAAGCCCA